AUGGAGCAGAUUAAGGAGGAUGAGAUGGAGAGUAAUGAUUGUAACUGCAGAUCAUGGGAGAAAGCAAGGUUUUCUCUGAAAUUGAAUGAAUGUGGAAGGAAUCGUGCAAAGGAAGCUCGCAGGCUUGCUGAUAAUAUGGUGCAGCUCGGAAAAGAGGUCUCGCUAUGUGCUGCAAGGCGUGCUGGUGCCUUUGUUGGUGGUGAUGAUGUCAUCCACAAGUUAUAUACAGAAUUGGCCUAUCGACACAAACAUAGAGCUGGUGGAUACACGAGAAUGCUUCGAACUCGUAUACGAGUUGGGGAUGCUGCACCAAUGGCGUACAUUGAGUUUAUAGAUAGGGAAAACGAACUUAGGCAAUCUAAGCCACCGACGCCGCCACCACCACAGAGGCCAACUGUUGAUCCAUGGACGAGAUCGCGACUUACCAGACAAUAUGCGCCUUCUAAAGAAGAGAAGAUCUCCGACUCGGACAGUUGA